AUGGAUGAUACAAUGGACAUGAGUUCAGGUAGUGAUGAAGAAGUACAAGAAGAGAAGACCACUGUUAACGAGAGGGUCAUCUAUCAGGCUGCAUUACAAGAUCUGAAGCAACCCAAGACCGAAAAGGAUCUACCUCCUGGUGUUCUUACAGUUCCUCUUAUGAGGCAUCAGAAAAUUGCAUUGAACUGGAUGCGUAAGAAAGAAAAAAGAAGCAGGCACUGUUUGGGAGGGAUAUUAGCAGAUGAUCAGGGACUUGGUAAAACGAUCUCGACGAUCUCUCUUAUCCUGUUACAAAAGUUGAAGUCACAAUCAAAGCAGAGAAAGCGAAAAGGUCAAAACUCUGGUGGUACAUUGAUUGUUUGUCCAGCAAGUGUUGUAAAACAAUGGGCAAGAGAAGUUAAAGAGAAGGUUUCUGAUGAACACAAACUCUCUGUUUUAGUCCACCAUGGAUCUCACAGAACCAAAGAUCCAACAGAAAUAGCAAUAUAUGAUGUGGUCAUGACAACUUACGCCAUUGUUACAAAUGAAGUUCCACAAAACCCUAUGCUGAAUCGUUAUGAUAGUAUGAGAGGCAGAGAAAGCCUUGACGGAUCGAGUUUGAUUCAGCCUCACGUUGGUGCACUAGGAAGAGUUAGGUGGUUGAGAGUAGUAUUAGAUGAAGCUCAUACAAUUAAAAACCAUAGAACCCUAAUUGCAAAAGCUUGUUUUAGCCUUAGAGCCAAAAGGAGAUGGUGUUUGACUGGAACGCCGAUAAAGAACAAAGUAGACGAUCUUUAUAGCUAUUUCAGAUUUCUUAGAUAUCAUCCAUAUGCCAUGUGCAAUUCAUUUCACCAAAGAAUCAAAGCUCCAAUUGAUAAAAAGCCUCUUCAUGGUUACAAGAAGCUUCAAGCUAUUCUAAGGGGUAUAAUGUUGCGCCGCACCAAAGAAUGGUCUUUCUACAGGAAGCUUGAAUUGAAUUCACGUUGGAAGUUUGAGGAAUAUGCUGCUGAUGGGACUUUGCAUGAACACAUGGCUUAUCUUUUGGUGAUGCUUUUGCGACUACGCCAAGCUUGUAACCAUCCACAACUUGUUAACGGAUAUAGUCACUCAGAUACUACAAGAAAAAUGUCAGAUGGAGUUCGAGUAGCCCCUAGAGAGAAUCUAAUCAUGUUCCUCGAUCUCUUGAAAUUAUCCUCAACCACCUGCUCUGUUUGUAGUGAUCCACCAAAAGACCCUGUUGUUACUUUGUGUGGCCAUGUGUUUUGUUAUGAGUGUGUGUCUGUAAACAUUAACGGGGAUAACAAUACGUGCCCUGCACUUAAUUGCCACAGCCAGCUUAAACAUGAUGUUGUUUUCACUGAAUCUGCAGUUAGAAGUUGCAUCAACGAUUAUGAUGAUCCUGAAGAUAAAAAUGCUUUAGUUGCAUCAAGGCGAGUUUAUUUCAUCGAAAAUCCGAGCUGUGAUAGAGAUUCUUCAGUCGCUUGCAGAGCAAGGCAGUCCAGACACUCCACCAAUAAAGACAAUAGUAUCAGUGGACUGGUAUGUGCGAUGUUGAUGUCUCUUAAAGCUGGAAACCUUGGAUUGAAUAUGGUAGCUGCAAGUCAUGUCAUUCUACUGGACCUAUGGUGGAAUCCAACAACAGAGGAUCAAGCUAUUGAUCGAGCUCAUCGUAUCGGACAAACUCGAGCUGUUACGGUCACUCGUAUUGCCAUCAAAAAUACCGUUGAGGAACGAAUUUUGACUCUUCAUGAACGUAAAAGGAACAUUGUUGCAUCUGCAUUGGGUGAAAAAAACUGGCAAAAGUUCUGCGAUUCAACUAACACUAGAAGAUCUCGAAUAUCUGUUUUUUGGUGUGUAGAAUAUCCCAGAGUUUUUAUUGAUAAGAGGAAUAAAACCUUUAGCUAUUUAAUAAGUCACAAGUGUGAAUGUAAUGAAUAA